UUGUUUUCGUGUUCGUGUUUUUCGUGCUUUCGGAAGAAUUUCUUAUAAGAUUUUGAGUUUUGCAGCAACAAUCAACGAUAGAGAGCGGUGAAGACAGAGGCAAAAUGGGAACGUUUGAGGAAAUUCUUGACGAGAUUUGUGAGAUGCUGUCCUGUUAUAGCGGCAGGGAUAAGGUGAUUCGAACUUUAUGUUACGCUGCGAAACUCGCUUCUGUGAUGAAUGCGGAAAAACAUCCCGAUGCGGCGAACAAAUUGAAGAUUUUCAGCUCAAAAAUGUCACAAACGAGAGCGACACUGAGGUUGUUUGACGAUUUACCGAUGCUCCAAUGCACGCUGCAAUACGGAUGGGGAAAACACGAGCCAGAUCGAACUUUGUCUGUGAUAGGCGUUCUCUCGAACAUUUUUGAUACGAUUUAUUAUCCCAUCGAUAAGAUCUGCUGGUUGGCAGAAUACAAAUUGCUUCAUGUAGAAAAUCCGACGUUAUGGGAUACUUUGAGUUCGCUGUUUUGGUUGAUGUCGAAUUAUUUGAGUUUGAUAAAAACAUGGCGUUUCAUGCAGUUAACACAAAACCACAAAAAAUGUCUCAGCAACGGACAUUCCUCAUCCGCGGAGAAAGAAGUCAAAAUCGCAUUUAGCAAAGUUCAAGCACAAAAAGAGUUCCUCCAAAAAAUUUCCAUGAUAAGAAAUUGCAUCGACAUCAUUCACGCCGGAUCGACACUUCCAAAAGGAUUAUUAUGGGGCGGAAAAAUCCCCGCAUGGCAAGUUGCGUUUAUCGGAACACUUUCUAGUCUCUUGGGAAUGUAUCAAUUCCUCGCCAAACGACGAUUGGCCAAAUCGUAAACCGAAAAAAAAUUAUUCCAUGAUGUGUUGUGACAUUGUAAAUUUUUAGAGACAUUUUUUUUGAAUUGGAUAUUUAAACGAUAUUUAUAAAAAAAUUUAACCAGGUGUUGGUUAGGAAUUAAUUAUUUUAAUUUAAGACUUUGAAUGUAAAACUACAUUUUGUAUAGCAAU